AUGAUGGGAUCGGUAUGUGUGGCAGUGCUUCCACGGCUUCCACUGCUUCACAUCAUAUCUAAUGUGUGUCAUUGGGGAGAAAUAGAGAUGAAAGAGAGCGAUGGUCUCCGGUAUCUAACAGUCCAUUCGGUCGACCGGUAUAUCUCCCCGACGAGGAAAGAGCUAAACUUUGUAAUUAUCUCUGCGAUCCUAAACGUGGAGACGGCGGACAUAUCCAUUCAACAAAGAUUUUAGACACAAAACAAUGUGAACUAUUUUGGGAUUUUGUUAUUUACUAAAUUAAUAACAAAAUAUAUGUAAUU